AUGCUGCUGGUGGCCCGCCAUGCCGCCGCCGCCGCCGCCGAUGCACUCCUGAUGUGCGGCUCAAAGCAGCAGCAGCAGCAGCCUCCCGAGGGCGGGGGCUCGGGCCGAUCCCUGCCAAACGCCCUCCUCAUCGUCUCGACCCUCUCGGCCCUCUUUGCCACCCUGUUCAGCUUCUACCUCAUCUGGAAGCAGCUCAAAAACUACCGCAAACCCACCCUCCAGCGCUACGUCGUCCGCCUCCUCGUCAUGGUGCCCAUCUACUCGAUCGCGUCCAUCAUCUCGCUCUACUCGCUCAACCUCGCCGACGUCAUCGACCUCAUCCGCGACCUCUACGAGGCCUUCGUCAUCUACUGCUUCUUCAACCUCCUCAUCGAGUACCUCGGCGGCGAGCGGUCCACCAUCAUCCUCCUCCACGGCAGGCGCCCCCAGGACCACAUCUUCCCCAUCAACCUCUUUCUCCACCCCAUGGACGCCAGCGACCCCUACACCUUCCUCGCCCUCAAGCGCGGUGUGCUCCAGUACGUGCAGAUCAAGCCCAUCCUCGCCAUCCUCACCGUCCUGCUCAAGUCAAUCGGCAAGUACGGCGACGGAAAGAUCUCGCCGUCCAACGGCUACACCUGGAUCUCGUUCACCUACAACGUCUCCGUCUUCCUCUCCCUCUACUGCCUCGGCAUGUUCUGGAAGUGCCUCAAUGCCGACCUCGCCCCCUUCCGCGUCACCUCCAAGUUCCUCUGCGUCAAGGGUAUCAUCUUCUUUUCCUUCUGGCAGGGGCUCGGCAUCUCGAUCCUCGUUGCCGCCGGCCUGAUCCGCAAGAUUGGGCCAGUGGCCGACCCCGAGUACAUUUCGCUGGCCGUUCAGGAUUUUAUGAUCUGCCUCGAGAUGCCCAUCUUCGCCCUCGGACACGCCUACGCCUUUUCGCACAAGGACUACGUCGAUCCCUUCGCCCACUAUGCCGCCAGGCUGCCCGUCUACUACGCGCUGCGCGACUGCAUCGGGCUCUACGACGUCUUCAGCGACAGCCUCACCACCGUCCGCGGCACCGGCUACGGCUACCAGACCUUUGAACCAAGCGAGGGCGUCGUGCACCAGAGCCUGGCGCGCGAGAGGCGCAGCAAGGCCGGCCUGCGCUAUACCCAGGGCGGCAAGGCAAAGUACUGGCUGCCACAGCGCGGCACAGGCGACCCGCGCGACGCCGCCAAGGGUGCACGCCACCAGGGCCCGCUCUCGACGGUGCGCAAGUACCUCGACCAGAAGCGCAUGGAGCGCAAGGGCUUUGCGCCCCUCAGCCCCGACGAGGCGGCCGACGUUAUUCACGACAACCCGGAUGCGCCGCCGGACCACUCGGACGAUGAAUCCUCGUCCCUGCUCCGCCGUCCGCGCGACAUGGCCCACUCGGCGCUGCAGAGGGCCGAAGAGGGCCUGCACUUUUUCUCGGAACGUCGUCCCGACGGCGACGACGACGUCGAGUCGCUGUCGUUUGACUCGCCCUCGUCGGAUGAGGAGGAGCUGUACCAGAGGAGCCGCAACCUCGACCACGGCGAUUACGCCUACCCGAACGUCGAUGUGGCCAGGGAGGCGAGCCGGAGGAGUCGGUGGAGGGACGACGAUGACAUCGUCCAUCGCCGGCGGAAGCGGGCGAGUGGUGACGAGGGGGGCGGCAAGGGCAAGAGCAGAGAGGGCAGCGAGGCCAGCGGAAGCGGCAAGCGGAAGCAGGGCGCAAGGAAGGACUCCGCGGACGGAGACGAGGGCCUCGAGCAGCGCGGCAAGAAGAAGGCGAAGAGCCCGUGGCUGGCGUGGGAAGCCGAAGAGAACAGCAAGGCUGCCGCCGAUGCCACGGCCGAUCGAGGCCAGGAUGGGCCGAAUACCGAGGCGUCUGCAGGAGAGGCGGCGGAGCCGUCGACCUCGACCUCAAAGUCCUCGUCAGCAUCACCGUCCUCGAGCGGCAAGUCGGAUGCCGACGAGACCAAGCGCGAUCCAUAUGGAGCCGUCGAUCUGGUGGUCGAAGACUUCAAGGCGGAAGAGCGCGAGCGGCUCCUCGAGCGACGACGUGGCGACCCUGCGUUGCGGGCAGGACGCAAUGCGCGAGUCUUUAAGAAGCAGUACGAGGAGCACAACGGCGCGUCCUCUUCCGCCAGCGCCUCGUCUCCCUCCGCCGCGACACACUCUUCGCAGCGACCAUCGGGCCCGGGUCGGCGAGAGAGCGACGGGUCGCGGUCGGAGCGCUACGCCAAGGACGAGAAGCGGAUGGUCGAUGCAGCGCUGGAGCGGCUGGACCGGGUGCAGGAAGGACACGCCAACCCGGAGCAGGCAGGGGCCGAGCGGGGCCAGGAAGAGACGAUGGUCGAGCAGAGCCAGACGGCCUCGGUCGAUCCGGGCCUCGAGGCCGAUACGCCCAUUGCGAGGACGAUGGAGCCCAAGGCCCGGACGGCGUUUCGCAAAGGCGCCCUGCCAGGGAGCAUGCGCAGCGUCACACGGCGCGGCAGCGACGAAGAGGGAGACGCAGAAGAGGAGGAAGAGCAGAGCAAGGAGCAGGAGCGGAAGCAGAUCACCGCCGACCGACGUGGCGAGCCGAUGCGCCAUCACGGCGGCGGCAGCGAUCACGAUGACGGGGUCAACCCGUGGGCCUGA